AUUUUUUGAUGGAGGAAAUAACCACAGAAGAGCAGAAGAAAUAUUGGGAUAUUUUUAUUUCUUUGAACCCAAUAAAUGGAUAUUUAAGUGGAGAUCAAGCAGCAAAAGUUUUAAGAAAUUCCAAAUUAUCAAAUGAAAAGCUUGAAAAGAUAUGGAAUUUGGCGGAUAUUGAUAAAGAUGGAAAUCUUGAUUUUGAAGAAUUUUGUAUUUCAAUGAGGUUAAUUUUUGAUGUUAUUAACAAAGUUUAUUUGGAGGUCCCCUCACGGCUUCCUGACUUUUUAAUUCCAACAUCCAAGGCUCAUCUUAUUGUUGCUCAAGAAGCAAUUUAUGAAAAUGAACAAAAUGCUCAUUUAAUGCAGAAAACAAAUAAAACAAAAAUAUUGAGUGAUAACUUUGACUGGUAUAUACAGCCAUCCGAUAAGCAAAAUUAUGAAGCAAUUUAUUCAUCUAACGCAGAUUUAUAUGGAAAUAUCUCAUUUAAUACUCUUAGGAAUUUUUAUGCAAUUUUAGAUAUAUCAGAAGAAGAACUUCGAAACGCAUGGAAACUUGUAAAUCCUAAGAUGAAGGAAACGAUUGAAAAAGAUCAAGCAUUUUACUUUCUUCAUAUUUUAAACCAAAGAAACAAAGGCAUUCGAGUGCCAAGUGUUGUUCCAGCCAAUUUAAGAGCAACUUUUGAAAAGAAUCCAGUGGACUAUAAUAUAAAUGAAGUGUCUUCUUACAAAAAUGAUCAUAAAAAUGCAAUUUUUCCUCAGUCUUCAAAACAUACAAGUCCUGUGAAAAAAUAUGAUAGUUCUAAAGAAAUGCAUGCCACAUAUGUCGAAGACAGCAACAUGGACGGAAUAAGACAAAAGAGACAAGAAAUACAUUAUCAAGGAAAAAAAUAUAGGUCAGACGGUUCAGAUGAACAUAUAUCACACAAUAUUAUUCUUGCCGAGCUGGAACAGAUGCUUGAAUUUAAAAAAAAUGAACUAAAGCUAUUAAAAGAAGGAAACAUUAAAUCUGUCACGGGAAUGAAUGAUCUAGAAAGUGUUCAAUCUGACGUUCUAGUAAUGAAGCAGCAAAUUGAUAACCUUGGUUCAUAUUUGAUAAAGAAAACAGAUGAACUUCAGAAAUUGCGUAGUGAUAUUAGACAAGAAACAUGAAAUUCUUUAUCGCAUUGGUACUUUUAAAAUGUUGUAUUUUUUUUCUUUUUUUCAAAAUCGAACACGACUUAUUGUUUAUGGAUUAAUGAUGUUUAUUUUAUUAAUCAGGAGGUUCCUGCUCCAAUUGUUCAUUUUCAUUAUUAUCAGAGCUUUUUGAUGCAUCUUCUUUAUUUUCUGCUUCUGAACUUGAAGGCUGAUUUAAUACAUUAGCUCCAACCGUUGUACGACUACAUUUUAUUUAAUAAAAUAAGUAUGUAUAGUGUACAUACCAUAUUGCACAUGUAUUGUUGAUUUUUAGCCAUGGUAUGAUACAAUUAUCAUGACUAAAAUUAUUAAUAUUUUCUUUGUGAAUAUAAGACCUACAAAUAAUGUUUACAAGGUAAUGUAAUAUAUAUUUCUUUAGGUUGAUAAACUUCUUUACAGAUUACGCAAUCAUGUAAAUCUAAUUCCCAUUAGCCUUAUCUAAAAUGCCACUGUCUAUUUAAAAUACCUUCUUCUUCGACCACCAUCCUGGGCAAAGCAUUAAUCACUUCUUCUGAAGCGGGCGGUGGUGCAUUGGUUGAUGGAUGUUGUUCCAUCAGCUGUGUUAUAAUAUUAUCAAAAGUUGUCGAUGACUAAAUAACCCCAUUAAAAUAUAAUAUUUUUUUAAAACAAUCCUACCCAAACAUAAUCUCCUGGGUUCCUCAUGGAAAAAAUACUUGAAAAAAAUCUACCUAAAGGCCCUGCUGGUAUUCCUUCCUCGGAAAGUCCAGUUCCAAAAGCAUUUUCUAAAAAACUUUCCAAAUCAUGAACAGGAAUUGCUCGUGCACGAGUGCUUUCUUGAGUUUCUUCAGUUGUAUUUUCGGAACCUUGUCUUGUUUCUUCUUGACCCGAAGGAUAAUUCGACCAUACAAAUGAUCUUUGAAAGACAAAGUUACCUGGACGAUGCCGAUUUCCCCCUUCCGUAUUUGUUUCUUCAUGAGCUUGCGAUUCUUGAUUAUCUGAUGUUUCGUGUAAUGCGAUAUCUACUGUCGCAGUAUUUCCAAUAAUGCUUGAAAGAAUAUUUUGAAGCAUAUUUUCAAACUGAGUUGACAAAGGAGGUGGUGACGUAUUAUCAGUCUCACUAGGUGUUGCAUUGGCUGAAGUAUCUGGUGCUGUCUCUGAUACUGUUCCUGGUAAUGUUUCUGUCGAAAUCACGUUUUCUGAGGUUCCUGAGCAGGUUGAUCUAUUUGAACAAACUGCCACAGGUCGAUGACCAAAAGACCAUGACCAACCCAUCAUUCUUGGUCUUGAACGAACGAAUUGUCGGGGAUCGUCGCUUGUUUCAAUCUGUACAAUUAGCUAUGUAUAAUUCAUGAAGAAAAAUGAAUCAAUAAAUCAAGACUCAUCUAUAAAGUUAGAUUUUCAUGUAAAUUGUAGCUAUUCAAAUACACCAAAACAGAAAUUUCCAGAUAUAUGCGCUAUAUAUGCGUCAUAUAUGUGUCUUAUAUGAAUCAUAUUCCCUCUUUUAUACAAACCGUUGAUGCUUAUAACCUCUUUUCUUUUUCUUUUUUAGUAUUCAGC